AUGAAAAUAGAAGAUGCGCGAAUAACUAGUGACUCACAGUUGGUUAUUCGCCAAAUAGAAGGGGUAUAUAACACAAAUGAGCCAUCCUUGCAAAAAUACAAGAAGCUUGUAGGAGAGUUAUCAGCACAAAUUCCAAAAAUAAAUUGGAGGCACAUUUCGAGAAAAGAUAAUCGGCUAGCAUACGGGCUUUCUUUUAUUCCAUCUAUGAUGGUAGAUCCGACUGCGAGGGACAUAAAGAUACAAACACUCCUUUUACCCUCCAUUAAUAAAGAACAAUGCGAAGAUGUAGAUGUAAUGCUAGUAGACAAUGAAGAAGAAAGGAAGGCGAACAAAGCCGCAUAUUGGAGAACUCAGCUCCAUUUGUAUUUAGAAAAAGGAGAAGUACCAAGAAACAAGUUGGAGGCACACAAGUUAAAGAGCAGAGCAACAAAUUAUGAAUUGAGAGAUGGUGUACUUUACCGAAGAUCAUUCCUUGGACCAUCGCUUAGAUGUUUAACAAGAAAAGAAGGAAUGGAAAUCUUGAAAGCAUUACACUAUGGAGAUGCAGGAAAUCAUAGUGGAGGAAGGUCUUUAGCGUAUAAAACGAAAAUACAAGGCUAUUAUUGGUCAUACAUGCAUGAAGACGCGAAAGAGGUGUCAAGGAGAUUUGGAAUCCCAGCACAACUGGUUUCUGAUAAUGGAAAACAAUUUGAAGGAGAAAAUAUUGAAAUGUUACUUAAUGCGUUCAAAGUCCAAAGCGGGCAGUCCACUCCAUUGUAUCCACAAAGCAACAGUCAAGUUGAGGCAAUCAAUAAGACAAUUGCAGAUAUAUUGAAAAAGAAACUGGAAGGAUAUAAUAAAGGAUGGUGCGAAAAAAUACACAAUGCAGUAUGGGUAAACAGAACAACUAGAAGGGAGGCUACAGGAAUGUCACCUUUUUGCCUGACAUAUGGAGUUGAAGCGGUAUUUCCAACUGAGGUUAUAAUUACUACAACUAAGCGAGAAGUAUUGGAAAAGAAUUUAAGUGCGGAUUUAAUCCUAACAAAACUGGAUGAUUUAGAAGAGCGAAGAGAAGUUUCUUUGCGACAUCUGGAAAAUUACCAUCAGAGGAUAGCUCGAGAAUAUAACAAGCGCGUAAAAAUAAGAGGCUUUCAGCCAGAAGAAUUAGUGCUGCGAGAGAUACCGCCUUAUCAGAUAGGAAGUGAUGGAAAGCUGGAGAAAAGAUGGGAUGGACCCUACAUAAUUAAGAGAAUAAUUGGAAAUGGAGCUUAUGAAUUGAUGGAUCCUGAGGGAAAGAACACAGGUCGAAAAUUGGAACGUCCAUGGAACAUAUUAUAUCUGAAGAAAUAUUAUCCAUAG